GCGAAGAAGAAAAACCUCUCACUCCAGACCAUCUGAAAAGAUUCAUUGUGUCAAGUGCAGUACUGCUUUAUAUAAAUGGCUACUGAAAAGAUCGAAGCCGAUGUGGAGAUCAAGUCCCCAGCAGAGAAGGUGUAUGGUGUUCUCAGGAGCCAAAAUCACGUUGUCCCAAAAGCUGCUUCCGACAAAAUACACCAUGUUGAGGUGCACGAAGGAGACUGGGAAACUCAUGGAUCAAUCAAGCUGUGGAAAUACACCAUAGAUGGAAAGGCUGAGGUGUUGAAGGAAAAGGUGACAUUGGAUGACGAGAAGGAGAUUGUAACCUUUGCUGCUGUUGAGGGUCAUUGUUUGGAUCUUUACAAGACCUUCAAGGCCAUCUUUGAUGUAAAUCCAGGUGUGGUCAAGAUUGUAAUCGAGUACGAGAAGCACACCGUGGACACUCCCGCUCCAAAUAACUACUUGCAGUUUCUGGUGAAUGUCAUCAAUGAUAUAGAUGCUCACCUUCUAAAUCCAACAAAUUAAUGCAUACAUACAUACAUACAUAUAUAUAUAUGAAAGUUGUGAUGAAUAAUGAGUACAUGACCGAUGUACCUCUUCUGUGUGCGAUAGUGUUCUGCUUAUCCUUGUUGUAUUAUCAACUUAUAAUAUGGUUUGGUGUAUGGUGUGCUACUUCUGUAUUAUUAAUCUUUACAAAUGGAAGUCAACAUAAGUGCGUUAUUGUUGUAA